AGGCUGGCAUUCACUUGCGUGACGGGCACUGUUGAGUCAAGAUGGUGGACACAGAAAGCCCAAUCUGUCCCCUCUCCCCACUUGAGGCUGAUGAUCUGGAAAGCCCAUUAUCUGAAGAAUUCCUGCAAGAAAUGGGAACCAUCCAAGAGAUUUCUCAAUCCUUGGGUGAGGACAGUUCUGGAAGCUUUAGUUUUACAGAAUACCAGUAUUUAGGAAGUGGUCCAGGAUCAGAUGGAUCCGUCAUUACAGACACCCUUUCACCGGCUUCAAGUCCUUCAUCGGUCACUUAUCCCAUGGCUCCUGGUAGCGCCGAUGAGUCUUCCAGCGCAGCAUUGAACAUUGAGUGCAGGAUCUGUGGGGACAAAGCCUCAGGCUACCAUUAUGGGGUUCAUGCGUGUGAAGGCUGCAAGGUAUGGGGCCCUGGAGGAGGAGAAAGGGGUUCCUUUUAUUUUACUCGCAAACGUUCGUCAUUACAAAAAUAGAUCUGCUAAAAGCCGAAGGUAAGAAUCUGACCUCAGUAACAGAUCAGUUCCUCUCUCCAGAGUCUUUGACAGAUUGCUGGGCUGCACUUUGUAAAUAACUUAGAGAAAAGUAUUCUUUAAAGGACAGUCAACCAGCUUCAGAGCGAUCCCUUCAUUAGGGUGCAAGGUCAGAGCUUUUCUCUCUACCCUCGUAGCGUCAGGGAGGACAGC